CACGCUACCAUUAUUGGAACCAGCACGAGGUGGAGGAUAGCACUCCACAGCCGGACAACACAACCAUGGCCGUCUCGACAAGACUGGUCGUYUUUGUGCUUGGAAUAUUGAUACAAGGGUGUUUUGUAUUUAGCGAAGACAACAUUAAACCAGAUGUUGACAGGAUUCCCGAAAAGAUUGAACACGGAGAGAAAGGGAAAUCUGAAUAUAAAGUAAAUAGCAUCAUACUAACUGGAAACCAGCAUACUCAAGUAGAUAACAACGAUGAAGACAUGCGCCCACCCAGCUGGCCACCACGCCCUGGACGUCGUAGCUUCAUCUCGCGUAUUAAGUCCAGGAGUUCUGGACCAACGAUUAUGAGGCCAGGGCGCGAAUUGAACAGUGAAAAAUCAAAGAGAAUGUCAAGUCCACAAUUUGUCUUGAGACCUGGUAGAGGCAUCGACCAGCAUCUUGCAGGGGAUGAAAGAGACGAUGUUCCACAACAUCCAAACAUCCUUCGACCUGGUAGAGAUAAGAUCGAACGGCCACCGUCUCUCUUUAGACCUGGUAGAGAAGAUGUACCACAAAUUUCCCUUUUAAGACCAGGUCGUGAAAUUAAAACACGUCUGUCUGUUUUAAGACCCGGUAGAGAAGAUGUACCACAAAUUUCCAUUUUUAGGCCAGGUCGKGAAGUCGAAGGACCUCCCCCUCUCUUUAGACCAGGUAGAGAAGAUGUUCCACAACAUAUUUCUCUUUUUAGACCAGGUCGCGAAAUGGUUCGACGUCAAGUGCGUUUAUUUAGACCAGGUCGGGAAUUAGUUGCUGACCAAGGAGGAGCAAGUACUGUAGUACGCCCUGGAAGACGAAAUAUUCACUACAAUAUGCCCUGGACAUAUGUUGGAAACACGGUGGAUGCACACACGCAUCGCAAGACCCACACAUUUCGCCAAAAGGCCAAGAAAGAAGACGAAAGCUUUCAUUAAGAACGUCACCAUUUAUAUUAAGUUUUAUUUCAGAACGAACCAGGCAAACAACUCUCUUUUUGAUCAAUGAAAAGAAAGAGAAUGUGCAAUGAUAUAGAUCUAUUGUUAAUUUUGAAACAGGUGUCUGAGACUUCCCUAUAAGAUCUCAAUGAAGUUUCUUGCAGCUUGUUCUAUUGAUGUAAUAAGAAUAAUAAAAUGCACAAUGUGCUAAAAACAAA